UGAUUUGGAAUCCAUUAUAUCGAUUAGCACAAGAGCGCUUUCGUAUUUCUUAGAUAAGUGAAAAGCAUUGGAUGUGGAAUAUCGACUUGUUGGCUCAUAUAACUUUGUUUGAAGAAGAAAUUUAUGACUAUUUAUUCUUGUUUUUUCUAUUUUUAGGUGCAAUUACUUUUCCACUUUUAUUGGUUGUGGAUGCUCCUUAUGGAAAGUUGUUUUCUUCAAGUUGGGGACCGACCGUUCGAACAGAUGUUGGUUGGAUAAUACAAGAAGCUCCUGCCUUUUUCUUGUUUUUAUUAUUUGCUCUCAAAAGCUAUAGUCGUUUGCAAGAGCCGGCAUAUAUGUUGUUAUCCUUGAUGUUUUUGGGACAUUAUUUACAACGUGCGUUUAUUUUUCCUCUCCUCAUGAAAACACCAGGAAAACCAACUUCUUUGAUAGUUGUCCUAUCAGCUUUGGGUUGGAAUGUGAUCAACGGGUAUUUGGUUGGAAGAGGACUCUUUCAUUUUGAGGCUAAACUUUCCAGAGAUUGGUAUCGAAACCCUAUUUUUAUAGUUGGAGCGUUGUGCUGGUUAUGUGGUUUUAUUAUCAAUUUGCAUAGUGACCAUAUUCUUCGGAAUUUAAGGAAGCCUGGUGAGAAAGGUUAUAAGAUUCCUCAUGGAGGUCUUUUUCGUUGGGUUUCUUGUGCAAACUAUUUUGGAGAAAUGGUGGAAUGGUCUGGUUGGGCAUUGGCUUCACAGUCUCUAGCUGGAGCUUUGUUUGUGUUUUGGACGGUAGCUAAUUUAUUACCUCGGGCUAUUCGGUAUCAUCAAUGGUAUAUUCAGAAGUUUUCUAGUUAUGUUACUUUCAAUCGAAAAGCUUGUAUUCCUUUUCUGAUAUGAAAAUAAUAAAAAUGUCAUUAUUUUC